AUGUAUGUUCUUAUGUUAAUUGUCCAUUCUCUUGCUUCCUCUUAAUUGCCUUGCCUUCUCAUUAUAUGAUCCCCCAUCAGUGUCUUUUCCUCUCCUGGUGCUGGGACUCCUCCUCUUCCCCUCCCCCUCCCUUCUCAUUCUCUCUCAGCCUCCAGGCUCCAUCUGAUUCUUCUCACUUGGCUCCCUGGACCAGCAGCCAUGGCUGAUAUGAAAUCAGGCGUCUUUGCAAAGAACGUCCAGAAAAGGCUCAGCAGGGCUCAGGAAAAGGUGCUUCAGAAACUUGGAAAAGCAGAUGAAACAAAAGAUGAACAGUUUGAGGAGUAUGUGCAGAAUUUCAAAAAACAAGAGACAGAAGGUACCAGGUUACAGAGAGAAAUGCGAGCUUACUUGGCUGCCAUUAAGGGAAUGCAAGAGGCAUCUCUUAAACUCACAGAAUCUCUUCAUGAAGUCUAUGAGCCUGAAUGGUAUGGAAGAGAAGAUGUGAAAUUGGUGGGAGAGAAAUGCGAUGUACUUUGGGAAGAUUUUCACCAAAAAUUAGUGGAUGGGGCCUUGUUAACACUUGAUACAUAUCUAGGACAGUUUCCUGAAAUAAAGAAUCGAAUAGCCAAAAGAAGCCGAAAACUGGUUGAUUAUGACAGUGCAAGACAUCACUUGGAAUCAUUACAGAACUCCAAGAGAAGAGAUGAUGGUAGAAUUACUAAGGCAGAAGAGGAGUUUCAAAAGGCACAAAAAGUAUUUGAAGAUUUCAAUACAGACUUACAAGAGGAGUUACCUUCACUAUGGUCCAGGCGAAUUGGUUUCUAUGUGAACACUUUCCAAAACAUAUCUGGACUGGAGUCAAAGUUUCACAAGGAAAUCACAGGGCUGUGUCACAAACUCUUUGAGGUUAUGACCAAAUUAGGAGAGCAGCAUGCAGAUAAAGCUUUUACUAUUCAAGGAGCACCAAGUGAUUCUGGACCCCUUCGCAUUGCAAAGACUCCAUCCCCACCUGAAGAGGUUUCACAGAUCCCCAGUCCAGUAGCAAGUCCAAACCAUACAUUAGCACCUGUGUCAUCUCCUGGACCAGCAAGGCCUAAAUCUCCAUCACAGCUGAGAAAAGGCCCUCCUGUCCCUCCAUUACCAAAGCUCACGCCAUCAAAAGAACUGCAGCAGGAAAACAUUAUAAGCUUCUUUGAAGAUAAUUUUGUCCCUGAGAUCAAUGUGACAACUCCAUCACAGAAUGAAACUACAGAAGAAAUGAAACAGGAAUCAUUAUUAGACCUGGAUUUUGAUCCUUUCAAACCAGAGGUUGCAUCAGCUGGAAUAACACAAUCACAUUCACCAAUGUCUCAGACGUUGCCAUGGGACCUGUGGACGACAAACAAUGAACUGGUCCAGCCAGCAUCCAGUGGUGCUUUCAAUGGAUUCACACAGCCUGAUGCUUCCACAUCUCUCUUCGAAUUACAGACAGAACCAAGUGCUGAAGUUACGGUGGAGUCUGAUGUAGCUGUCCCUGAUGAAAUCAUUGCUGAGGACACACAUCCUGUCCCUGAUGUUCCAGAUGAAAGCGCUAAAGUUAAGGAGCAAAAUGAGCUAGCAGAGAAGACAGUGGAAACUAUUGAGCCUGAAGAAACCAAGAUAGCUGAAGAAGCUGAGACAGAGGGCAGCAAGAUAGAGCCGGAAUGUCAAGAAGUACCUGCUGAAUCUGCCCAGAGUACAGAAGAAGUAACACAAGAAGCAGAAUUGGAUGGUGGUAAAGAUACUGAUGCUACUCAGGAGAUUACUUGCAUACCAUCAGUUGUAAUAGAACCGGCAUCUAACCAUGAAGAUGAAGGCGAAUAUGGGGCUGAUGAAAAUACCCAUGUAAAAAAUGCUGUAGAUGAUAAAGAUGAAAUUGAUGCCAUCCCUGAUACACCUGCUGUGCAAGAUCAGAGCAUUGCUAGUGACAACACUGAUCAACCCCCUUCAUCCCAAGAUUUGCCAAGCAACUUCUUAUAUAAGGCUGAAGCACUACAUGAUUUUGAAGCAGCAAGUGAUGAUGAACUAAACCUUAAGAGGGGAGACAUUGUUCUAGUAAUCGCUUCUGCUACAGCAGCUGAUCAGGAGGCUGGUUGGCUUACUGGUGUGAGAGAAUCCGACUGGCAGCAGUACAGAGUUUGUGAUCCAUACAAGGGACUAUUCCCAGAAAAUUUUACUCAAAAACUAGAGUAACUUAUGCAAAAAGAUGAGGAUGUCGGUGGACAUUUCAUUUUGGGCUACUGAAACAACAGGCACACUUGAGGCUACAAUGUUAACUGUUACAGACUUAUGCCUGUCCUAAAAAAGCUUGGCAAAUCAUAUGAAAAACAAAACAAGCAUGAAAGCAAGAAGUAAGCUAUAUUGUACUGAAUUGUAAAUGGAACAGAAUCCAAUUUGUUCACUUGUAUGCAAUCACUGGUUUGUUUGUGCUUUGUCAGAACAGUGAUUUGGUGGACUAUUACUCUAAGGAUCCUUCUUAAAGCAUUAAAAUCUAUUUGCUUAAAAUAUAUCAACAAAGUCAUUUGAAACUUCAGAUUUGUUUGACAUAUAAAAUUGUGCUUUAUGAAAACAGAGGGAAAUAUCCAAGAUUCCAAAGCAGAAACACAUGAGGAAUUUAUUUAUUGUAAUUAUGCUGCUAUUGUCCUACUUACUAUAGUACACUUCAUAUCACUGAGCCAUAUGUCCUGCAGACAUCAUCCUUGUCCAAAGUUUUUUCCUAUUGAAAUGUAAA